AUGGGGGCUCAGCAGGCGAAGGAACGCGGAACGGCCAGCGGCGCGUCCAUGCGUUCGGCAAGAAACAAGCCCCGGGUGCCCAAAGACCCCCGCAUGCUUGGCUCGAAUAUUUUUACUGAACAUAGCGAGGCUCUCCUGCAGAGUCGGCCCUUGCCGCAUAUCCCAGAUUUGCCGGAUGGUGAAGGUGCCUCCGCCGCGCCAGCCACGCCUCAGCCUCUUGACUCCGCCAAUAGAUGGACCUCAAAAGAAAAUUUGUUAGCACAUCAUGAAGAAGAUGACCCUCAACUGUUUGUUGCGCUAUACGACUUUCAAGCGGGAGGCGAGAAUCAACUUAGCCUUAAGAAAGGUGAACAAGUUCGUAUAAUGAGCUACAAUAAAAGUGGGGAGUGGUGCGAAGCUCAUACACUUUCUGGCGGCGUCGGUUGGGUUCCAAGCAACUACGUCACUCCAGUGAACUCCUUGGAAAAGCAUUCCUGGUAUCAUGGGCCUAUAUCACGGAAUGCUGCGGAGUACCUGUUAUCUUCAGGGAUUAAUGGCAGCUUCCUCGUACGCGAGUCCGAGUCUAGUCCUGGCCAAAGAAGUAUAUCAUUACGCUACGAAGGUCGUGUCUACCAUUACCGUAUUAACGAGGACUCUGACGGCAAGGUGUAUGUAACGUCGGAGUCGAAGUUCGGAACGCUCGCCGAACUGGUACACCAUCACUCAGUACUAGGGGAUGGUUUGAUCACACAAUUGCUUUAUCCGGCACCGAAACGUAACAAGCCGACUGUGUUCCCCCUCGCACCGCCGGACGAGUGGGAAAUAGACCGGACCGACAUUGUCAUGAAACAUAAACUCGGUGGCGGCCAAUAUGGAGACGUAUACGAGGCCGCCUGGAAGAGGUGCAAUAUGACGGUGGCGGUUAAAACUCUGAAAGAUGACACAAUGGCCCUCAAAGAUUUCUUGGAGGAAGCCGCCAUAAUGAAAGAGAUGAGACACCCAAAUCUCGUUCAACUGCUCGGAGUAUGCACGCGAGAACCUCCAUUCUACAUCAUUACGGAGUUCAUGAGUCGCGGCAACCUCUUGGACUAUCUCCGUACAGGCAACCGCGAGUACAUCGACGCGGUAGUGCUCAUGUACAUGGCUACGCAAAUCGCAUCCGGCAUGAGCUAUCUGGAGAGCCGCUCUUUUAUACACAGGGAUCUGGCGGCUCGUAACUGCCUAGUGGGGGAGAACCAUCUGGUCAAAGUGGCCGACUUCGGGCUCGCUCGUCUAAUGCGCGACGACACUUACACCGCUCACGCCGGUGCCAAGUUCCCUAUCAAGUGGACUGCGCCCGAAGGCCUAGCAUACAACACCUUCAGUACUAAGUCCGAUGUAUGGGCAUUUGGGAUACUGCUGUGGGAAAUAGCGACAUACGGCAUGUCCCCAUACCCCGGAGUUGAUCUCGCCGAUGUCUACCAUAGACUUGAGAAGGGCUAUCGUAUGGAGUGCCCACCCGGCUGCCCGGUGGCCGUGUACGAGCUCAUGAGCGCUUGUUGGCAGUGGAACCCCACUGACCGCCCUUCCUUCCGCGAAAUACAUCACGCGCUUGAACACAUGUUCCAAGAUAACUCGAUCACUGAAGAAGUGGAGAAGCAGCUUCAGGAGGGUGUGUGCGGCACUCCACAGAUGUCGAUCAAGAAGGGCGCGGGGCCCGCCGCCGAGCGGGUCCAAAUGCGCCGCCCUACCAACCGGCGUGGCAAGCAGGCGCCUACACCGCCUAAGCGUACCAGUCUGUUGUCAUCGUGCAGCUCAUUCCGCGAGUCUCAAUACGCGGCGGAGGAUCAUGGCGGCCAUGACGACGGGCUUGCGUCGCUCAAUGGCGGGGGUCGAGGUGGGGGUCGCGAGGCGUCGUCUGAGGGGUCGUUAGCAGAGGCGACCCCGGACACUGACGAGUCAGGGGGUAUAGGAGUGUCGGAACAUCGUCACAGGUCGAAGCGGAGGCACCACGUGCACGCGCAACCCUCACAUCACCCGCCCGCGCACGAUCUGCAGCCAAAGCCAGGAGUCCAGGUUGCAGCAUUAGAAGUGCAAAAUGUGAAACGGGCCAUCAACAGAUACGGAACAUUGCCGAAGGGAGCUCGAAUAGGAGCGUUUUUAGAGUCGCUGAGGCAGAGCGGCGGCAGCGGUGCCCCGUGUAUGCGCGAGCCGCUGCAGGACGAGGCGCGCUCGCUCUCGCCGCGCACCGCCCGCGCGCAGCCGCACAUGAUACGCUCGAACUCGUCUGGCGGCGUGACUGCGCCCGCCCCCGCCUCCCCGCGCGCCUCUCGCGCACCGCCGCCCCUCCGCUCCUUCACCAACAGCCCCGCCAAGCCUAGACCGAGGCUCGCCGAACUAGAGUUCCCUCCACCACCCCCCGACCUACCUCCGCCACCAGAAGACGCAGCGCAGCCGCCGCCUCCCCCACCCCCGCCAGACUGCUGCCGCGACGCCGGCACAGACACCGGGGACAAGUACGAUGAACAUGCAAUGAUGCUACACGAGCGCAACGACGUUGAAGAUAAACCAGCGAAGCAAAUCAUGAAGGAAAUGCUUGAGUUGAAAUUGGUCGCCGAAAUUAAAGAGCGAGCUGACAAGAAAAAGCAUAAGCUCAAGGAGUCCCCUCCACCUCACGAAGUCAUUGAAAUGCAUACGUCGUUUGGCGAUCCCGUCACACGACUAGUAUCUGAACUCUCCGAGAGUCUCAACAUUGAAGCUCUGCGUAAAGCGGAGAAAAAGAUCGAACCACCGAAAGCCAUCGACAAUGGAAAAGAUACCAUUUCUCCUAUUGAUCUCAAAGCGAGUCUCAGGAAGACCUCAUUUAGUAACAAUGUCGAAAGGAAAUCUGAAUUCGAAGGUAAAACAGAUUUUAAAUCACAACUAAAGAAGGUUGACACAAAUAGAAUUAACAUCUCAAGCAAAGAUGUCGAGGAGCCCGGCCGCUCCAUAAUUGAUUUUAAAUCCCGAUUGAGGAAAGUUGACGGCGGCGCGCCCGCCACCAAUGGUACAGCCAAGAAACAGGAGCAAAGUUCUCCCGAUGACUCUAGGAAGGAUACCUCGAGCAAAAGCGACGAUUCCGACAAAAAACGAUCUGAGAGUGGAUCUCUCGACACCAGUGGUGGUGACGACGAGGAUAAAAGACGAAGCACCGGCAGCAUCAGCAGCCUUAAAAAGUUGUGGGAGAGUAAAGAGACAGAUGAGCGGUUGAGUCCAAAAAUGCGGCCGAAGGGAGAGGAGAGUGAAGAAGGUUCUCCAGAGGAAAGAAGUGGGUUGGCUCUUGGUCGAAGCGCUAGUGUGCAGGUCCGUCGUGGUGACGACAAGCCGGCUGUGGCCAGCAAGCCGGCAGUACGGGCGCGCCCGUUGCCCAAGACCGGCAUAUACGCGACCCCACUCGCGCCCCCCGCUACUGAUGGAGAUGAAGACGCUCUCGCCGCCUUAAGGACUUCCCUGGAGUGGUGUACCAAUGAGGUGCGUCGCGGGUGCGGCGGUGGCGGCGGCGGGCGCGGCUCGCUAUGGCGGCUGCAGACGUCCGAGCGGCUGGCUCGCCUGGGCGGCGCGUGCGCGACGGCUGCGGCCGCGUCCCGCUGCGCGCCGCAGCUACGUGUGCAGCUGCGGGCGGCCGCGGCGCGGCUGGAGGCGGAGGCGCGCGCGCUCGCCUCGCCCGCCCCCCAUCACCACCACCUCGCUGACGGCGUCGAGCAGGCCCUCAGGGAUUUGGCUACUAUCGUACAUAGG